AUGGCGACCUCGGAAGUCAAUAAGAGCGCGGCUGAGCGGGAGGACCUCAACCCGGCCUACAACAUUCUGCUGCGGUCCGAGCUGCUGGGCUGCCAGUGCCCCUCCCCCAUAUCCCCAGACAAGGCCGCGCAGCUGGACCAGCUCAGGGGCACGGGCAGCCCCGGCAAGCGCAUGCUGCGGUUCAAGUGCGGCGACGCGGCCAGCCCCGUGGCGGGCCCGGCGCCCCAGAGCCCCUACUUCACGUCUCCCGUCGGCGCGGCGGACGCGCUCGGCGCGCCGGUGAUGAGCCCGCGGCGGCCGCCCCGCAAAAUCCCCCGCGCCCCCUUCAAGGUGCGGCAUCGGUCCGCCAAUGGCUAG